UUGAGAGUCGCCACAGCACACGGCAGCAGCAGCGUCGCUUCACCAUGGGCGACUAUAACCGAGACACGGCCUUCCUGGGCCAAACCGGACCUCACUUCAGCGUGACUUUCAUCCUCCUCAAUACCAUUUUCAUCUCCACCGGAUUCAACGGGCUCUACAUCGUCUUUGUCGGCGCCGCCCCCGAGCACCGCUGCCUCGUGCCGGAGGUCAACCUGACGGCGGCGUGGCGGGAUGCCAUCAUUCCCGUCAGCGAGGAGGACGGACGGCCGGUACGCAGCCGCUGUCGGCGCUACAAGCUGGAACUGGUGCGCAACCUGUCGGCGGAGGGCUACGCUCCCGGGACGGACGUGGACCUCACGGGCCUGGAGCAGGAGGGCUGUUUGGACGGCUGGAGCUACAGCAGAGACGUCUACCUGGCCAACAUCGUCACCGAGUGGGACUUGGUCUGCGACAACCAGUGGAAAGUUCCUUUUGCGUCGUCGUCUUUGUUCGUAGGAUACCUGGUGGGCUCGCUGAUCUCAGGCCAGCUUUCUGAUAGGUACGGAAGAAAGAAGAUCGUUUUCGUCUCUCUGGGCGCUCAGUGUAUCUCGGUCCUGUUGCAGUCUUUCUCCCAGUCGUGGAGGAUGUUCUGCAUCACGUUCCUGUUUGUCGGUGCUUCCCAGAUUUCCAUCUACAUCUCCGCUUUCGUACUCGGAACGGAGCUGUUGAGCAAGACGCUUCGGGUGAUCUUCACGACGCUCGGGGCGUUCCUAUUCUACGGCAUCGGCUACAUGAUUCUUCCGUGGAUCGCGUACGGCAUCAGGGAGUGGAGAACCCUCCUUGCCGUUCUGUCUGCUACCUCCGUGGUCUACAUCCCUCUGUGGUGGUUCAUCCCAGAGUCUCCCAGGUGGUUGAUCACUCAGGGAAGAGUGGCGGAAGCCGAAGCCGUCGUCAGAGACGCCGCCCGCAAGAACAAAGUGGAGGCACCGCUUGUUAUCUUCAGAGGAGCCCAGGUGGAGUUCCGCUCCCUGCCUCCGAGCAAGACGUACAGCAUGCUGGACGUCUUGAGAUCCAGGAACAUGAGAUGCGUCACGCUGAUGUGUCUGGUCCUGUGGAUGGCCAUCAACGUGGGCUACUUCGGUUUAUCCCUCAAUACCUCCAACCUCAGCGGGGACCCUUUCCUGAACUGCUUCCUGUCGGCGACCACCGAGGUACCCGCUUACGUCGCGUCCACGUGGCUCCUGAAGAGAUGUCCGAGGAGGGCUCUCCUGUCCGCCUUUCUCCUCAUCGGCGGAGGAGUCCUGCUGCUCAUCCAGUUCAUCCCGGCGAGCCUUAAGGGUGUGGCCUUAGCUCUGGAAAUGACAGGCAAGUUUGGCUUCACCGUGGCCUUCGGCAUCGUCUACAUCUACACGGCCGAGCUCUACCCCACCGUGCUCAGGAACCUGGGCAUGGGAAUAUGCUCGUCGGCGGCUCGCGUGGGAAGCAUCACGGCUCCCUACGUCAUCUAUUUAGGCACUUACAACAAGGCUCUGCCGUACAUUCUCAUGGGAAGUCUCACCGUCGGCUCCUGCGUGGUCAACAUCUUCCUCCCGGAGACGUUCAACAGAGACCUUCCGGAAACUCUGGAUCAGAUGCAGGAAUGGCAAGGGUGGUGCUGUGGAACCAAAACCAAAAACUAUCCAGAAAGCCAAGCGAGCGAGCGGACACCCGCAAAAACACAACAAAGUCAAAAGUGACCUGCAAAGUCUUAGCGUGUCGCAACCAUUCACUUUUUGCGUGCGCUGAU